UUUUGAUGCUGGGGGUUUCUAUCACGGCAGCGGAAAAAGCCAUGUCCAUCACCUACGUCUUCGGCGAGGACUUCUUUGACCAAAAUGAAAGCGUGCCUCUUGACCUGAUUCCGGACACAGCGCCAUGUAACCCACAACCUCUGGAACCCACGGCGGCGUUGAUCUCGUCUCUAAUCCUCAUGGCCAUUUUUCUACUGGCCAUCCCAGGAAAUCUGCUGGUGGGAUGGGUGAUCAGCUCCAGCAGGCAGGUUCUGACUUCAUCGGACGUCUACCUGUUUCACCUGACGGUGGCGGACGGGCUCAUGGCCCUGACGCUCCCCUUCUUUGCCGUGGCCCAUGUCCGCGGAUGGCUCUUCGGCGACUUCAUGUGCAAGUUCCUCAACCUGGUUAUCGAAGCCAACUUCUACACGAGCAUCAUCUUUCUGGCUUGCAUAAGCGUCGAUCGGUACCUCGUGAUCGUGCGCGCCAACGAGACCCACGGGAGCAAGCAGAGGAAGUGCAGCAGGGUCCUCUGCGCGGCGGUCUGGGCUCUCGGUUGGGCCCUCGCUCUCCCGGCCCUUUUCAACGAGACGGUCAAGUUCGCCGGCGGCUCCGAGAGGCUGAUCUGCACGGAGAGCUUCCACGUGGGCAGCGUCACCAGCUGGAGGCUCGCCACCCGCGGGUUCCGCCACAUCUUUGGCUUCCUGAUCCCGCUGGCGGUCAUGCUAGCCUGCUACGGCGUCACCGUCCUGAGGCUGCUGAACACCCGGGGCUUCCAGAAGCACCGGGCCAUGCGGGUCAUCACGGCGGUGGUGAUCGCGUUCCUCCUGUGCUGGACGCCGUACCACGUCACCAUGAUGGCGGACACCCUGCUCCGGGCCGACCUCGUGCCGUUUGACUGCGCCGCGAGGAGGUCGGUGACCCUGGCCCUGGACGUAACCAACACCGUGGCUCUUCUGCACAGCUCCAUCAACCCUUUCCUGUACGCCUUUGUGGGGGAGAAGUUCCGGAGGAAGAUGAUGCUCCUCCUGCAGAAGAAGCUCAGACUGGAGAGGACGUCAGGGUCCAAGUUCAGCAGGUCAACUUCUCAGACCUCAGAGGGCCAGGGAACAUUACUCUGAACGCUUGGAGCACUUAAACUCGUCAACAGGUAGGGUGAUUUAGCACAUAAAGGAGGAAACAGGACAUGCAUGGUUGGUUUGAGAUUGUCAAAAUGGUCCAAAUCUGUCAUAACAUAAGAUAAAUUGGAUAAAGUUUAUGACUAAUUAAUGGCUUUCUUUGGACACAAUAGACAGCUUGCUGUGUUCGGGGUUUAAACUUCUUGUACUCCUCUUGGAUGUCGUAAUACACUGCUGCCAUCUACUGAUCCUCUGCAUAAUAUGCCGAUUUUGUCUCAGUAUAUUUCAUCUUCACACGGUUGGAACAUAUUCAAGCGAAUAAAGCCCUUAAAAGAGUAAUUAUACCACUUAUUACACCAAUGUACAGCCUAAGGUUUAAAAACAGACACUUUGUCGCUUUUUCUUUAAUUUUUUUGUU